AUGUCUUCCCUUCUUGCCUGGCUGCCAUGGCUUGUCGUCUACCUCCUCUGCCUCUACCUUCUGGACCUCCUCGCCCACAGGCGCCGCCACCUUCCUCCAGGCCCCAUCCCUCUGCCCCUCAUCGGCAGCGUCCACCUUAUCGGCGACCAGCCGCACCGCUCGCUCGCCCGCCUCGCCAGGACCUACGGCCCGCUCAUGUCCCUCCGCUUGGGCGCGGUCACCACGGUGGUCGCCUCCUCCCCGGACGCGGCCCGCGAGAUACUGCAGAAGCACGACGCCGUCUUGUCCGCCCGGUUCGUAGGCGACGUCGUCGGCGACCACGCCAGGUACUCGGUCGCCUCGCUCCCCAUCGGACCGCGGUGGCGCUCGCUGCGCAAGAUCAUGUCCACGGAGCUCUUCGCCCCGCACCGGCUCGAUGCGCUCCAGGGCCUCCGGAGCGACAAGGUGCGGGAGCUCGCGGCCCACAUCGCCCGGCUGUCGCGCGAUGGCACGGCGGUGGACGUCGGGCGCGUGGCGUUCGCGACCAGCCUGAACCUCCUCUCGUGUACCAUCUUCUCGCGAGACCUGACAAGCCUCGAUGACCAUGGCGGGUCCAAGGAGUUCCAGGUGCUGGUGGGUGAGAUCAUGGAUGAGUGCGGAGCCUGCCCCAACGUGUCCGACUUCUUCCCGGUGCUCGCGUGGGCGGACCUGCAGGGGCUGCGACGGCGGUUGGCGCGGCUGCUCGCGCGGAUGCACCUCCUGUUCAACGCCGAGGUGGACCGGAGGCUGCGGGGCCGCGAGGCCGGAGAGCCCAGGAAGGAGCACGACGAUUUCCUCGAUGUGCUGCUCGACGUCGCGGCGCGUGACGGCGCCAAGGCCGACCUGGACCGCGACACGCUCAGGGCGCUGUUCACGGAUUUGUUUCUAGCGGGGAGUGAUUCGAGCUCUAGUGUGGUGGAAUGGGCAAUGACGGAGCUUCUUCGUAACCCAACAUCAAUGGUCAAAAUUCACGAGGAGCUCACACAAGUCAUUGGCUCAACAAGAAGCAUGAAAGAAUCUGACAUCGACCUGUUGCCCUACCUCCAAGCCGUGGUCAAGGAAACCUUCCGGUUGCAUCCUCCGGGCCCAUUGAUGUUACCACAACAGGCGCAAGCGACCGUAAGAGUCGCAGGUUAUAUUGUGCCCCAAGGUGCACGGGUGAUGGUGAAUUUGUGGGCGAUAGGUCGAGACGAAAGCAUAUGGCCAGAACCAGACAAAUUCAUGCCAGAGAGGUUUUUAGGGAAGACGAUGGACUUUAGAGGUGCAGAUUUUGAGCUCGUUCCGUUCGGUGCGGGGCGUCGGAUAUGCCCUGGGUUGCCAUUGGCGAUCAAGGUAGUGCACUUGGUCCUCGCUACAUUGUUGAAUGAGUUUGAGUGGAGGCUGCCGCUAGAGGUGGAGAGGACCGGCAUUGAUAUGGGUGAGAAGUUUGGUGUGACACUCACCAAAGCUGUUUCGCUAUGCGCUAUAGCUACACCGAUUUGA